UUGUGAAAGUUAUCUAUUGACCUAGAUCAAGCGCUAUCCAAUCUUUCGAGUUCUUCCCUUCUAUUGAUGGUACUCGGUCACGCGGAUUCUUUUUUUUCUUGAAAAUCCUACGCACAGUCUCAGCUGUUGCAAGCAUGUGCUUGGUGGAUCUCCCGGAUACUACAACGACAUAAUCGACGUAAACCUGAUUCUGUGGAACCGAAGCAACAAAUAUCUCCAUGAGAUUGUUUUUGUGAAGGAGGUCGACCAAGUCAUCUAUAUCAUACACUCCACUUAUCCCACCUUUUCCAGUCUAGCUACUUUCUCCAUUGGUGGCCACUGUUUCCCUAACAUCGUCUGCAUCAGUCGACAGUAAACAUUUCAACAACAAAUGCCAUCGCCCGAAGACGAGUCGCUACGCGAGAUGAAAUCGCAUUUUACAAAUUCUCACGAUCAAUUGGAUUGGGUUCCGCUAUCUUUGACUCUUGUCGAAUAUCCACAAGGUGAUCUGAUUGGGAAGUUCUUAGCACUGAUAACUCUAAUUCCAUUUGCUGUUAUCGCUGGCUUUCUGGCGCUGGUCCUGUUCAGAAGAGAUUUACACACUAUAGCAUUCCUCGGUGGCAUUGUCGUUAACGAAGUAGUCAAUUUUUCUCUAAAACAUACAAUAUGUGAAGCUCGGCCUCUGAGGCGUGAAGUUAAUUAUACGGAAUAUGGUAUGCCUUCCGCUCACUCACAGUUUAUGUGGUUCUUUGCAACGUAUGCUACAAUAUUCGUCUUUGUAAGAUUACAUCAUAACAAUAACAGCACAGUGUCUGAGAGAUUUUGGCGGAUAAUCAUCAUUGCUAGCUGUAUGGCGAUUGCAACUUUAGUAGCAUUCAGUCGAAUCUACUUGCAAUAUCAUUCUGUGUCACAAGUUAUUUGUGGCGUAUUGAUAGGAAUCCUUGUCGGAAUCAUUUGGUUCCUAGUCACUCAUCUAGUCUUGACACCAUUUUUUCCCACGAUUGUAUCAUGGCGCAUAUCAGAAUACUUGUUGCUACGUGAUACAACAUUGAUUCCCAAUGUAUUGUGGUUUGAAUAUACCAAUACUAGAGCUGAGGCAAGAGCAAGAUCACGUAAGCUGGUGUCUAUGAAAUCUCAGUGACGGCUGAUGAUCGGCCAGUGGGCUAUCAACAAGUAGGAAGAAUGAAGUACACGAAAAAAAAACAAACACGUUUUAUACCACGUUUUAUAUUGUGUCGAAGUUUAAGGUGUGCAUGAAAAAAUCGAUGGCUGCUACAUAUCUCUCGAUAUCAAUGAACAUGAACUUUGAAAGAGAAUUCACAUGCCGCAAAGUGUUCGUUAUGACUCUUUUUACUCGCAGUCUCAUACCUAAUACUUGACUAAUGAAUCCGACUCCAAAGCCGAAUAUCAAUACUAGAGAACAGUAAUAAAAGUCAUUGAUGCGGGAGAUAGUUGUGUUGUAAUUAUAGUCGACAACAUAAAAUGAGUAAUUCUUGGCAUAACCACGUCUAACUUGAACAUAGUUUUAUGUAUGAUAUGAUAUAGAAUUUGAAGUUGUUUGCCACCUUCAUGAAACAGUGUUAGUUUUUAUCUAGUGUAACCACAAGAACGCAAAACUGGGUGGUUCCACUGUCUUUGUGCUUUGAAAAGAAUUUCAGUUCAAAAGAUUAAGUAGAAUUAUCACUUCAUGGAAUAGCAGCUAUUCAAUGAGCACAAGAAACAUGAAACGUCGCAAUUUUUACUCAAUAAUAUACUGAUGACACUACCAAGUGACAAUUAGUCAAUGGCCUUAAAUGGGUGAAUAGGAUGAAUGUAAGAACAACAACUAUGACAAAAACAAUAACAGCAAUUGCAACAAUUAUAAUGAUAAUAGUGGUAGUACAAGUAGCGAUAGCAGUAUAGGAGUACUGAUGUUAAUGAUUGUAAUAAUGAUGGUAAUAAUAAUCUCAAUAAAAUAUGAAGCGAUAGCCGAA